AUUCACACAUUCACAAAAUAACUGAGAUAAUUAUCCUGCUCCAUGGUCUUCCAACCAGCUCCUCAGAACUGGCUGGCCUCGGAUCCUAAUGACGCUCAGGUAAAACUCGGAUUUCCUCUCCCCCAAUCUACGUUUUAUUGAAUCAAAUGAACACGCACAGAAUCCUGCCCAGAAAAAGGCUGCUCUGAAGUGUGUUCUUUAUAUGCCGGGUGCCAAGAACCAUGAAUAGACAGGGCAACUUGAAUUCAACCAAAGAAAGACACCUUUUUUUGAAGAACAAGAAGUUGAGCCUGCCAAAAAUCAGAAGGCAAGACCAGAAAUACUGAAGUAAAUCCAUCCAGUGAGGCCAGGAAGUUUACCAAAGGGCUUGUUGGAGCAGAAAGCAGCCGUGGUGAUUACGAAGACCCAAAUGACUACGACACCGUGAAAACCUUUGAAGAGGACGGAUUUAAGUCGCUGAGAAUUCUCCCCCCGCGACCUAUUCAGGAAUCAGAAUAUGCAGAAUUAUAAACAGAUUUCAGAAGAGAUCAGAAGCCGGAAUGCUAAAGGAAUGGGUCUUUUGGGCACAAAACCAAAACCAAUAUCCUGCGAAAUGACAAGAGAAAAAGAAAUAAGACAGAGAGCGAAUCCUUUACCACCUCCACGGUCACCCAAUCCACAACCGAAGAAAUACCAAUCCCUUCCUCCUGACACAGGGCAAGGCAGCCUGAACCUCCACCAGAGGCAUAUCAACCCCGAAAGAGGAAAGGGGACAAGACCGAUCUGUUUGAAGGAUUUAAGCGGAGCACUUGGAAGAGAAAAAGAUCCAAAGAAACCGGAAUUGUCUAUCGCAACUCAACAACCGAACUGUAAAUAUCUCCCCGUUCCCAGCUCUUCAUUCACGGUGAACGAGACAAGCUAUCCAACCUCAGGACAGAAAUUAAACGCAAAUUCACGAUCACCGUCCCCAGCGAAGUGUAAACCUCUGGAACAGGAGACACUAUCGACCUACGAAAAUCAAAAAGGGGCAACUUUCAGCAAUCCAAACCAAAGGGCUCCAGCCCGGAGAAAUUGGUAUAUCGGAGAAUGUAGCCGUCGAGAAGUGGAACGAGCAUUACUCACAGAGAACAGUGACGGGACAUUUUUAGUCAGAGACUAUUCGAAGAAAUCAACGGCAGAGCCGUAUGUUUUGGCCCUACUUUAUCAAAACAAAGUUUACAAUAUCAAAAUCCGUUUUCUGGAGAGAAGUCGACAGUAUGCCCUAGGAACAGGACUCAGAGGAGACGAGAAAUUUGAUUCAGUGGAAGAUAUCAUUGAGCACUACAGAUAUUCUCCAAUUACACUCAUUGAUGGAAAAGAUAAAACAGGAAACAACAGAGAACAAUGCUAUUUAACACAUCCGCUUCCUUUCAGAAAACAUCCUCACUUUCCAAGUUCUCGUUAAAAUGUGCUAAGUGUAAAAUGACGUUUUUGUUGAACUCUUCACACUCUUCAAGAGACAACUUUCUACGAUAGCAUUUGGAAUGAAAGGCAUGUUUCAUAACUAGAAAAAACAUUCAAAUUUCUCCAAGAAAAAACGGCUCCCAAAGACUACAAAAGAAAUGAAACUGAAGAAUCAACAUUUUCAGUCCUCACUUGUGUUGUAAACAGGGCUAAGAAAGUAAUUGGUGGGGACUGGAUUUGAUAAUGUUCCUCCAAGGUCAGAUUCACUGAAAUCACCGCGGCCCAAAUCCGCCAAUGAAAGGAAGAUGGCCUAGAAAAUAGUCCCGUCAUCGAAGCCAUCGGCCUCAGCGAAAGACAAUGACCAGAGUGGAAGUGAGGUGUGGGAUCCUGGGAGUGGAAAGGCACGGCUCUCUUGGCGGGGAGACUGUGGCGUUGCUAUACUCGUGCCUGAACAAGACUCCAAUCAUGGCGACAACCCAAUCCUGUCAUGGUCGUUCAACCCAUUAUCCCAGCGGUUCUCAGUGGCCAAAGGAGUUCUGGGACAGAGUUGUUGGUGAGAUGAGGGGCAAGAUAAAGUUCCUGUUAACACCUGCCCCUCCCUCCCUCAUUGAUUAGGAAACCAUGCAGUUUAGUGGAAAGAGCCCA